CCAAUUGGUUACGAACGCGGAAGUGAGUGGAGCACUUCACUAACAACAACAUUUCUUCCAUUGAUGAGCUUGGAAUACGGUGAUGGCGCUACCGGCUCCUCUCAGACCCGUCCAGCACCACCUGCGGACCGCGCAGGAACACGAAAAACGGGACCCAGUCGUGGCUUACUAUUGCCGGCUCUACUCCAUGCAGACGGGCAUGAAGCUGGACAGUAAAACACCCGAGUGCCGAAAGUUCCUGAUUAAACUCAUGGACCAGCUGGAGACGAUGAAGAAGGAGCUGAGUGACAAUGAGUCCAUCAGUCAGGAGGUGGUCGGCAACGCCCACAUCGAAAACUACGCCUUAAAAAUGUUCAUUUACGCUGACAAUGAGGACAGAGCAGGACGAUUCCACAAGAACAUGAUCAAGUCUUUCUACACAGCCAGUCUGCUGCUGGACGUCUUGUCUGUGUUCGGGGAACUGUCAGAGGAGAACAUCCAGCACAGGAAGUACGCCCGCUGGAAGGCCACCUACAUCCACAACUGUCUGAAGAACGGGGAGACGCCUCAGGCCGGACCCAUUGGCAUGGACGAAGACGAGGAAGCAGAGUUCGGAGCCGAGGGUUUCUCAGGCCAGGGUCCCUUUCAUGGUGGCUCCUUCAGGGGAGAUCCUCCUCCACAGUCCUUCGAGGGUCGAGACCAGAGCUUAGCUCCGGGUCCCGCUCCGGGGAUUGGCUUCACUCCGGGGUCUGCUCCAUCAGGUCCCCCAACCACAAACUACAACAACAUCCAGAUCCCACCAGGGGCCCACGCUCCAGCCAACACCCCAGCGGAGCUGCCACCACCUUCAGCAGAUGUUGGUAAACCUGUGCCUGCACCUCGAUCAGCGCCCGCCAUCGACCCGUCGCUGCUCAACGCCCAGCAGCAGGGUGGUGUCCAGCUCACCGCCGAAGACUUCACCAAGGCCCAGAAGUUCUGUAAGUACGCGGGCAGCGCGCUGCAGUACGAGGACGUCAGCACGGCCGUCCAGAACCUCCAGAAAGCUCUGAGACUCCUCACCACCGGGAAAGAAUGAGGCCUUUGUCCUCCCUCCUUUUCUUCCAUCCCCCCUUUUUUCUGUCUGUCACUGAUCUGGUCCACAGCGAGCCGAGGACGCCGCUCACACACACACACACACACACACACACACACACACACACUGAGGCCGUCCACGUCAGACGAGGACAUGAUGGAGAUCAGUGUAACAAUGGCCGCCUGUAUGAGACGCACCGAUUUACUGACUGUCCGAGCUCCGUGAACCACUCUGACAGUUUAUAUCAUUUUCUUUGUCAAACUUGGGGAUUUUGUGCAAAAAUAAUUUAAUAUUUAUGAUAAAUUCCCACCAAAAAAAGUCACAUUAAUCAUCCGCUGCUGCAGCAAGCCCAUCUAACGGUGACAGUAGUAACAUCUAACCGCACCGUGUGCUGGUGCGUGGCUGAAUAAUCCAUCAUCUGUGCCUCCCUCACAGCAGCUGGUUAAAUACUCCCUUCUGAUUGGCUGCAGACUCCAGGAACUCAACUGUUCUGCCUUAAAGUUUGUUCCUGGAACACUUAAUCCACUGCAGAAUGCUGCGUUCAGGGAACCUCAGAAAUGGGAAAAAUCUUUUUCAACCUCAAGAAAAAAGUUGAUCAGUUUGCUGUUUCAGCUGCUUCAGGGUACAAACGAGGAACUCCAAUUUUAACGUUUCUCAUCUGAGAUCAUAAAAUUCCCAUUGCCAUUGAAUGCAGCAUAUACCUAACGUACAGCCUCUGUGUGUGUGUGUGUGUGUGUUCUGCUCAUCAGGCUCCAGACUUCCAUACAUCACAAAUAAAUCUAGUUUCUAACUCUUCGAGUUGUCCUACGGCUCCUGAACGCCACACAUCACAUUUUUCUGCCUCAUCAGGAACUUUAUUGAUUGAAAAACAGAGAAAACGUCAUUUUAGGGUGUUAAUUUCUUACUUUGGCAGCCGGACAUGGUGUCAUGCCUGACAGGGUGACCAUUAUCAGGAUGAACAGCCUCCACGUUGUCCAGUUAUUCCCAGUAUUGGAAACCUUGGCAGACAUGAUCCUGUACUAAACAGGAAAAAGAUGACGGCUGUGACGGCAUUAAUUAUUAAAAAUGAUCCUCCAUCGUCGUCCUCCUGCAUCUUCAAACACAAGCAGACACUCUGGAGUGUUUGUACCUCAGCAGCAGCCGUAACUGGCCCGGUUUAACCAGCUGAACCAUCACAUUCGUUCAUGUUCAGACUGUCGACGACUUGAACCUGAUGAAGGACUUGGACUAGGACUCUAACACAGCGUUUUCAGAUGUUCUGCAGUUUUCUGGGGGUGUUUUUAUGAAUGUGAGGGGUAAACUGAUCCUGGAGCAGCUGUUUCUGUCCCACUACACCUCCAUCAUCUCAUCGUGAGCAGGCGGCGUUCCUGUCGCACGUCCCACGCUCGGCUCAUGCAGACAGCUUCUGCUCUAAAGCUCGGACGAUGAUGGAGAGAAGAUGGGAGUUUGGGAGACUUUCUGCGUGUUUUCUGUCCGAUUUAACCUUUAUCACUGUGUCUGAGUUUAGACGGAGGUCGGCUGGCGGUCCUGCUUCCAGCUUUAGUUCUUUUCUGCUUGAUUAACGUUAUUUCUUCCUCCGAAGUUGAUUUAGUGACUUCAGAAGUUUGCAUGAAACUUUAGAGUCACUCUGAGUUCCUGCAAUUUGAAUAAAAUGUUCAAAAUGUUA